AUGACAAGCCGUGGUAAGCGAGGGAAAAGGCAGAACAAGAAACAAAACAAUUCCACAAGAGAAAAGGUUCAAGGACACAACCCUGCUCCAGUAGCUGAUGAAGAGCUUUCCGGCGGGAAUGAGACUCAAACCGAAAAUCAUUCUGCAACAUCUCAGGAAUGUCAACCAUUGCCACCUGAUGAGCUAUACUUCAAGAACACGGAAUUCACCAAGUCGUGUAAGAUACAGAGCAAGUGCUCUGUGAGCGGAACAGUGGACCUCUUGAAGAAGCUUACGCCCGAGGAUGAGUCGCCCGAGUUGGAGUGGUUCAAAAACCACCCUCAGUUUUGCCACAUUUUCCACAUGCCGAAUGAACCAAACUUGAGGCUGAUGGGUAUGUGGUCGCUGCUACUGCGCACAAUUCCCUUACACGAGGGAGAGGACACAGUUUGGUUUGCGGUUAAUGGCGUGCCCCUCCGGUAUUCAAUGAGAGAGCAUGCACUCAUCUCAGGCUUGGACUGCCGUGACUACCCACCGAAUUAUAAGAAGUUGGGGAGCUUUGCUUUUGUAGAUAGGCAUUUUGGCUCGCAUAAGGAGAUAACAAUGGAAUCUGUGAGAGAGAAGUUGCUGAGUAUGAGUGCAUGUGGGGAUCGACUCAGGAUGGCGGUGCUCUACUUCCUAGGCACGGUUAUCAGAGCGAAGGCAAGGUACAAUGCCCCAUUCGACUCUUUAAUUUUAAGAGUCGUCAACGAAAUGGAAAUUUGCAAAACCUUUCCAUGGGGUCGCUUGACGUUCGAUGAUGCGAUCGGGUCCAUUAACUACGUGACGAAGAAACUCAAAGGGGAACCUAAGAAGAAUGUCAACUUUCCCGGGUUCAUAGUUCCUUUGGAGAUCCUGGCAUUUGAGUGUAUUCCAGCUCUGAAUGCACGAUUCAGAGAACGUGUAGCUGGCUGUUUCAGCUCCUGCCCGAGGAUGUGCAAGAAACGGUUCCAAAGUAACAGCAUGAAAGGUUAUCCACUCCAGGAUUUGUACGACACGCUUGGACACACUACGGUCAUUGAUAGUGUUUUGGUUCCAACUGUUGAUGAGGAACCUCUCAUGGCACAUAUAUGUGAGGGGGAGCCAGACUAUGAAAAUGAAGAAGGAGUGAGUAACUUGUGGAGCACAUGGCUGACUGUUAAGGAGAAGCCUAUCUUUUGGCAAGGACUCUAUGAGUUGGAUGUGGCUGCAAGGGAGUUUCCUAAGAAAAAAGACAAAGGAAAAGGGAAAGUGAAUGAAGAAGCAUCCUCCUCUGUUCAUGGUUUGGAGGACGUUCUGAAAGGGUUUGAAGAGAGGUUGAUGGCUUCUUUGAGUGAAGUGAUUGUGAAGGUAGAGACAAUGGACAAGAGGCUUGGUGUGGUGGAGAAGAGCCAUGUUACUUUAAAAAGAAGGUCUAAGAGGAUGAAAGCAAUGGAGAAGAGGCUUGAUGCCAUUGAGCGGACGCAAGAUGGUUUAAAACUAAAGGCCAGGAAGCAGAAGACAUUAGAGGAGAGACUUGAUGGCAUUGAGAAAGAAAUGAAGAAGCAGGAGAAAGAGAAGGAGAACGAUGAUGGUUUUGAGUACCAAACCAUGGAUCAUGGUUGGAAUGAUGGGCGUUAUGACAGCAACCUCGUGGAUCCAACAGCUGAGAAAGCGAGUGAAGAAGAAGCUCAGAAGGAAGAUAAAAGUUCUGAGAAAGAAAAAGAACCUGAAGCUGAAGCUGAAGCUCAAGCUGAAGAGGCUCAGAAAGAAGAUAAAAGUUCUGAGAAAGAGAAAGAACCUGAGCAUGAAGCAGAACCUGAAAAAGACAAAGAAGGUGAAGGCUUGACUCAUGAAGAGAAAGAAACAGAGCUGGCUGAAAACGGAGAAUAA